AUGUGCUGUGACAAAACUGUGAACAAAGUGAAACCACAUGACAGGAUCGAAGACAGAAGAAACAAGAUGAGAGAAGGAAGUAUUUUGCCACAGAAAAACAACCUACAUAACGUGAAUGUGAACAAUAUUUAUUUACAAACCAGUAGUAAUUCUUGUGUGUUAUCAUCAUCUCACACUGACAAAAAAGAAGACAUAGAAAAUGUGAAUCAAAACACAGCAGGUACUUGUGAUUAUAGACCAAAUAACACUGAUCUUCCAUCAACAAAUAGGCCCUCAAGUGAAUCUGACAUUUACACUGAUAGCGAGGGAACAGUCCACCUCAUAAGUAAGCCAAUAAGCUUUAUUUUUAAGAGAUGUUUAGGGAACGGAGUUUUUCCAGAUUUUCUAAAAAUCUCAAAAAUUAUCCCUGUAUUCAAAAUGGGUGAUGAACAACUCCCCCAGAACUACCGAGCAGUAUCUAUUGUGCCAAUAUUUUCAAAAAUAUUUGAAUCAUUCACAUACUUUCAGUUAAGCAAUUAUUUUGUAAAGCAUGAUCUGCUUUGCAACAAUCAAUAUAGAUUUAGACCGGGUAAAAAUAUCCCUGUAGCUGUUCUGGGAAUUGUUGAUCACACUUUAACAGCUUUUGAAAAUAAUAAGAUGGUGUCACUUGUAUUAUGUGAUCUACAAGACAGUUUGUCUCACUUAGAAAUAAGCAUUCCCCCUUAG